GAUCACCAGGGAAAUAUUCUGUCCAGGAAGCAGCACUGACUCAGGACCAUGGCACCCCGGGGUGCAAGCCUGGCCACCUGGAGUGUUCCGUGGAUGUUGGAAAUGAGACGGGUGGGGUUGUCCUGGCAGAGAUGUCACUGUAGUCUGGGGAAGGGCUUGGUGGUUGUCCAUGAUAUCUGGGUGGCUGCCCACCAUCCUGAGAGGCAUGUUCCCUGGAAGGAGCUCCAGGGAGAGGAAUCCAAGGCCACAACCGUUUCUAGCCCCCUGUCUGCUUGUUUGAAUGGGGCCAGCUCUGUCCAGUCCACUGUGGUGUCUGCCCACCUUCCACCCCAGAACUCCAGAGGUUCCUUGGUUCUGGCCAGGUUCCCCCAGGGGUUCCAGGCUGCCUCCCCAGUCAUUUUGGGUGGUCAACACUGCAACCCAAUCCUGGGCAUCCUGUAGAGCCACUGCCACACUAGGCUUCUGAUUGUACUGGGUGGCUGGGAAGUGGGUUUCUGAGGUGUUGAAGGCUUGGUUGCAGGGGUGUGGGGUGUUGGGGGGGGAUUAUUGCCCACCCACGAGGCCAGACUCUCCCUGCCCUGUCAGUCUGCCAUCCCUCACCUGCCGCCCCCAACAUCCGGCCAAGGUCAGGCUUGGUGUUCAUGCUGGAGGGACCUGUCUGGGGGGGGGCAGGGCAGGCGGUCAAACAGGUCUGGUGGGUACCUUGGGAACCUGGGAUCUGGAGGGAGUGGUACCAAGGCAGCACCCUCCUGCAGGGAGGGGCACCUAGUAUGCAGUUGCUGGUAGACAGAGGACUGGGGUCAGAAUUGGAAGGGACGUGCCAGCCAAAGGGAGGAGGCAUCAACAGGCCUCGUCCGGAUGCCCUGCCCUCGGCCACCCUGGCUCCGCCGCCCCCGGGCCGCUCAAGGCUCAGGCCCCUGCUCCCCGGGCUCACUCUCUGUGCCACGCUCCCCGGGCAGGGGGGAGGGUGAAGACGACGAGGAGGAGGAAGAAGGGGACGGCAGCCCGGGCUCGGGCCCCAUCCUGCCCCCCGCGUCUCCCGUGGAGUGCCUCAUUUGCGUGUCCCCCUUCAACGGCGAGUUCAAGCUGCCCAAGCGCCUGGACUGUGGCCACGUCUUCUGCCUCGAGUGCCUGGCCCGCUUGUCCCUGGCCACGGCGGGCGGCGGGGACGCGGUGGCGUGUCCCGUGUGCCGAGCGCCCACGCGCCUGGCCCCGCGCCGCGGGCUGCCCGCUCUGCCCACGCAGCCCGGCCUGCUGCCCCGCGAGGCGCGCGCGCCGACCCCGCGCCGGGGCUCCGUGCGCUUCGACCGCCGCCGCGGCCUGCUCUACCUGCGGCCGCCGCCGCCCCCGCCCGGGCCGCGCAAGUCCCGCGCCGCCCGCCCGCCGCCGCUGCCGCCGCCGCUGCGCCUCGGCCGCCCCCUGUCCCGCCGCCUCUCUCUGAGCAGCCCGGCCUGGGCCUUCAACGCGGCCGUGGCGCUGGCCGUGCUGGUGGCCGCGGGCCUGGUGGUGUCGGGCGUCUACAUCUUCUUCCUCAUCCCGCACGCCGCCUCCUCCGGCCCCGCGCGGCCCCAGCUCGUGGCGCUCGCCCCCGCGCCUGGCUUCUCGUGGUUCCCGCCGCGGCCCGCACCCGGGGCGCCCUGGACCCCCGCCUGGACGCAGCGCCCCGCGGGCCGUGACCUGGACACUGCCCUGCCGGGGGCUGCGGAGGACGCGCCGCAGCCCGAAGGGGGCUCCGAGGACACGGCGGAGGGCGAGGGGACGCCGGCCAGGGCCCCGAGCCGCACGUGGAGGGCAGGGGCUGGGCCCGGCUGGGCCCCGCGGGGACGGGGCGCGAGGAGGGUGUGGGGGCCGCAGUAAACGCAUCUGUGCUCCGGGUCCUAUCUUCAGGCCUGGGGACCUCCGUGUCACUCUAGUGGGGCCCUGCCAGCACCCCUUGCCAUGAUUCUCCCGGAGGCCUUAGUAAGGUGCAUCCCUUACCGAUCGCCCACUUCUCCAGAAGGAGGCCUGGUGGGAUCAUUCCAGGCAUCAUCACCACAAAGCAGGGACCCUCUCAAGGACUAACCCCUGCCUUCAUUCCCCCAAGGGGCCCUCAGAGAGCACCCAUGACCCCAAUCCCUGUGGACAUCCGGCAGCUGAGGCUUAUAAAGAUCCCCAUCUUUAUAAAGGUCCUGCUGGGAGCCACUCCUAAGCCUGGUCUCCAUUAGGAUCCAGUGGGAAGUACCCUUGAUCCUCAUCCCUCGUGGCAGUCCACCUGGAGAGCCCCUCUGACCAGUAUGGUGCAGGUACCCUGCUAGGGACACCAUCAGCCCUGAUCACAGGGCUCGACUAAGUGUACCCCCAGUCAUCAGACCCCUGGGGGAGCACCCUCAGCAAGCAGCUGGGGCCGAAGGCUCUGAUUUACUCACCCUUCGGACUCACUGGAGGUUGCUGGGGCCCCCCAUCUUUGGAGGCAAAGCUGCUGCUGCUGUUAGUCUCUGGCCAUGGUCUGGCCCAGCCCAUUGUAGUCCUCCCCCUCCCCCCUCCUCCCUCCCCCACCAAUCCCUACUGAGGCUGUGGAGUUUUCCACUCUGCUGCAUACAGGCUGGGUCUGGGUGGCAUCCAGCUGUUUCCAUGCUGGUCCUGUGUUGCCUCUCUGUAGACAUAGCUGGAACUUGAGCUUGGAGGGGCAGCAGUGGCCUGGCCAGGAUUUAGGAGGGACAGAUAGACCCUGAGCCUCAAAGACUAGCUCCCACUUGGUCCUGAGUACCAAUUUGCAAUGGGAGCCUCCACAACUCCAAUGGGUCAUGGCUUCUGGGACCCUCCUGAAAUGCUGUAGGGGCAGCUCUGGUCACCUAGGCUUAAAGAGGCUAAGGUUGCCCUCUAGGUCAAUGUCACACGAUUUUGGGGGUGGGUGUUCCUGGAUCUCCCUGGCCUGCUGGCAGGUAUCCUGGCCACCUUAGGUUCUAGAACCUCCAUCACCCCCAUCUGCACUCAGUUAUUGCACCUCUUCCUCCAGGGCUCUAUCAACCUUUUUUGGCAUCCUUGCCAUUCCCCUAGGUGAAGCUUUAGCCCUCCCUGUGGACGGCAGCCUGCAGGGUUCCUGUCCUCCUCCUCUCAGAAGCCCUCCCUGCUAAUGUCACUGCAGGGUAGAUGGCAGCCACCUGCUACACAAACUGAACACGGGCCUUCUGUUCCCCCCAGGUCCUGGAGCCCACAUCCUGUCUCACUUUGCCCAGGGUUGGGGUUCUGUGUUUUGUGGGUGGGAAUCCAGCAUUUUCCAGAGAGCAAAAUGACUGCUAUGGGGCUGGAGGCUCCUGUUUGACUUGUUUACAUCUGUGUCCUCAGUGCCUGGCAUACAGAGGGGGGCCAAAUUGUAUUCUGGGGAGUGACAGCAUUGCAGGUGACAAAGAGGCAGCCCAGAAAUGCCUAUGGACACUCCAGGCCCAACUGUCUCCCAGUCACCCGGAUCUAGGCAUGUCGGCAGAGCUCCUUUUGAUACAAGCUGCUCCUUCCAGGUGGAAAGCCAGAGGGGGAACAUCAGGACAUUGAAGGGAGUGUCUUCCCAGACCAGUUCUUGUUGCACACCCAGGUGUCAACGUCACCCACAGGGGCUGGGGGCAGUGUGCUGGGUCACUGGGCAGUCAUAGCCCAGCCCACUCAGGGAGGGAGGGGACUUGGUCAGGCAGGAACAGGUUGGUGGUCUGUAUUAGUUUUCUCUGGCUGCUGCAACAAAUUACGACCAACUGAGUUCCUUAGAACAACACACAUUAAGUAUCUUAUAGUUCUGCAGGCCUGGAGUCUUGAAAUCAAUUUUGCCUCAAUAAAAUCAAGUGUCCUCAGGGCUAACUUCUCUGGAGGCUCCAAGAGAGAAUGUCCUUAGCUUUUCCAUCUUCUUGAGCUGCAUUCCUUGGCUUCUUCCUCUAUCUUCAUAUUUUAUUUUAUUUUAUUUUAUUUUAUUUUAUUUUAUUUUUUAAGUAACUACGUCUCACGUGGGGCUUAAAAUCACAAACCCAAAAUCAAGAGUCCUGCGCUCUACUGACUGAACCAGCAUGCUCUAUCUUCAAAGGCAGCAGCCUAGCAGCUUCAGAUCUCUCUCUGAUCUGCCUCCCUCUUUCACUUAUAAGGACACUGUGAUUGCAUUGAGCCCACCCAGAUAAUCCCAAUUUCCUCAGCUCAACAUCCGCAUCUGCAAAGUCCAUUUUGCCAUGUAAGGUAACAGAUUCACAGACUCUGGGGAUUAGGAUGUGGCUAUCUUUGGGGGACAUUAUUCAGCUUAGCAUAGGGUCUCAGAUAUCCCUCUUCUCAUUCCUUCCCUCCUCCACCCCAGGCUGGGAAAGUGGAGAGGGUCAGGAGUUGGAUCCAGCUGGGGGUGUCAGAAAGGGGCCCUUAGCUGGUGGUGCACAGAAGAGGGAGAGACAAUGCUGUCUGCUUGGAAGGAGACCUUAGAAAUGUAUCUUCAAAACAGCUGGCAUCAAGGUAAAGGGACCUGGAACAGGAAGGUGGUGACUGAGGGCAGUGGGCAGGGCUGGCCCCUCCCCGCUGUCCUAACUAGCUUCCUCUUAGGGGCUAGGGAGAGUAAGAGAGUGCUUCUCCACUCUCACAAAUGGAAACCUGAAGCCUCAGUCUUUCUUUCCUUUAAAUGAGGCUGAUGACAGAUCCCAGGGGUCCUGAGCAUUCCUGUCCACUAAUUACUACCUUGAUGCCUGCCCACCUGCUGCCCACAAACAAAAGGAGCUGCCCCAAACCACCCUGGGUGACUCCUCCCCAUCCUUGCCUACCAGCCUAUGUGGCCACCCAGAGCUGUGCUUUCCCAGCCCUCUCUCUGCCCACUGCAUCCCUGCUGCAUAACCACCCCUCACCAGCCCCAGGCUUGUUCCUUCUUCUAGGUCCUGGUGCCUCUGACUACCCAGAGAUGGGGCAUCAACCUCAAUGCCUUGCAUGGUGCCAGAGAUGCCAGAUGUUUGUUCUUUUCUCUCUAAAGUGGACAAUAAACAUUUUACUUGCAGGAAAA